AUGGAGCCUCCCUCAGCCCCCCCGCAUAGAGGACGCGUCCCCUGGCAGGGGCUCCUGCUCACAGUCUCACUUUUAACCUUCUGGAACCCGCCCGCCACUGCCCAAGUCACUAUGGAAAUCGAGCCACUCAAUGCCAUGGAGGGGAAGGACGUCCUUCUACUCGUCUACAAUGUGCCACAGGACGCUAUAGGCUACAACUGGUACAAAGGGGACAAGGUGGACAGCAACUAUAGAAUUGUAAAAUACAUAAUAAGCACUCAGGUAAACAGCACAGGGCCUGAAUACAGUGGACGAGAGACAAUUUACCCCAAUGGAUCCCUGCUGUUCCAGAACGUCACCCUGAAUGACACAGGAUACUACACCCUACACGUUACAACGGCAGAUCUUGAGAAUGAAGAAGUAACUGGACAGUUCCGCGUGUACCGUGAGCUGCCUCCUGCUCUCCCUGCCAACAACUCCAGCCCCGUGGAGGAUGAGGACUCUGUAGCCUUAACCUGCGAACCCGAGACUCAGGACACAACCUACCUGUGGUGGAUAAACGGUCAGAGUCUCCAAGACAGUGACAGGGUAGUGAUGUCCCCGGACAACAGGACCCUCAUUUUACUCAAUAUCUCAAGGAAUGACACAGGACCCUAUGAGUGUGGAAACUGGAACCCAGUGAGUGCCAGCCGCAGUGACCCAGUCACCCUGAAUGUGCUCUAUGGCCCCGACGUCCCCACCAUUUCCCCCCCAGACUCCUAUUACCUAUCAGGUGCAAACCUCAACCUCUCCUGCCACGCGGCCUCUAACCCUGCUGCACAGUAUUCCUGGCUUAUCAAUGGGAGUCUCCAGCAAACCACACAAGAGCUCUUCAUCCCCAACGUCACUGUGAAUAACAGCGGAUCCUAUGCCUUCCUCUGUCUGUCCAUAGAGACAGUGGCACAGCCCUCCAUCCACGCCAGCAGCAGCACAGUCACAGAAGACAAGGACUCCGUGGUCCUGACCUGCCUCACAAGUGACACUGGAAUCUCCAUCCAAUGGAUCUUCAAUAACCAAAGUCUGCAGGUGACAGAGAGGAUGGAGCUGUCCCAGGACAACAUCACUCUCAGCAUAAACCCUGUCAAGAGGGAGGAUGCCGGGGAGUAUCAGUGUGAAGUCUCCAACCCAGUCAGUCACUACCGAAGUGACAUCUUCAGGCUGACCGUGGAAUUCAGCUUCGCAUUUCCACGGAUUGGUAACUCCUCUUUUGUUUCCCCAGGUCAGGACCACUCUGACAACUCACCAGACAAGAUCGAUGAAGUUGCAUAUUCUACCCUGAAUUUCAAAGCCCAGGAACCAACACAACCAACUUCAGCCUUCCCAUCCCCAACAGCCACAGAAACGGUUUAUUCAGAAGUAAAAAAGAAGGAAUGCAACCUGUCCAGCUCACUGCACUGCUGAUGUCUUCCAAGUCUCUCACCCUCAUCUCUAGGAGAUCCCAUUACCCUCAGGGGAAA